AUGGGCAGCGAGGCCUUGACGUAUGAGGAACGCAAGGCCCUGGGAUUCGGCACUGUGAAGGAGCGCCUCGGCAAGGACUCCCACGGCAACUACAAUGACUGCUGCCUCACACUCCAGCCCGCAGUGAACCCCGUGGUGACCCCCGACGGCUACCUGUACAGCCGCGAGGCGAUCCUUGAGAACCUGCUGCAGCAGAAGAAGGGCAUCAAGCGCAAGCUGGCGGAGUGGGAGGCGGCGCAGAAGGCGGAGGACGACAAGGCGACGCAAAAGGCCGCGGUGGAGGCGGAGGCGGCCCUGAUCGCGUUUGACCGCGCCAACCACAUGGGCCUGCGCGACGAGACGGCGCGCGGCAUCCAGACUGCAAUCACCGCGGAGGCUGAGGCGCUGCUGGAAGGCAAAGGGGCGGGCGCCAAGGGUGUGGUGUCGCUGCGGGACAACGAGGAGCGGCUCAAGACGCUCAACGCGUUCUGGGUGCCGUCCAAGGCGCCCGAGGCCAAGCUGUCCAAGGAGAAGCCCGACGGCAGCACCUACUGCCCCGCCAGCGGCAAGAAGCUGCGGCUCAAGGACCUCGUGGACGUGAAGUUCACACCCGUCGGCGAGGGUGACGCGGGGCUGUUCAUGGACCCCAUCACUAAAGACACCUUCACAAACACCAGCAGGCUCGUCGUGCUGACGACAACGGGCGACGUGCUGCUGGAGGGGACCUAUGAGAAGUGCGUUAAGCCGGACGGCGUCUUCAAGGGCAAGAAGACGCGGGUGACCUGA